AUGUAUUCAACCAAUUCUUUUUCCACUUUUCCUCAUAUUACUGGUACAAAUUUUAAUUUAAUACAAAAUCAUGCAAACCAAAUUCAAGGAGUUGGAACUACAAAUCAAACACCAAAUCAAAAUAUUCAUACACCUGGAGGAUCUCAUCAAUUGCAACAACAAAAUUCUAUACAAACAGGGAUUACAAAUUUACACAAUUCAUUAGCUUUAAAUGGAAAUAUCCAUGGAAAUACUGUACAAAAUUCUAGUAUUAUAGAUUCUAGUUUAGGAUGGCCACUCUUUAAUCCAUUAAUUAAUGUUCCAUAUUUUGAUCUUGAAACAUACGGUAGUGUUAAUUUAGAUGCCAAUUGUAGUCAACAUAAAAGUGGUGUUGAUUUGCCUUUACAUGAUAUAACAACAUUAAGAUUUUUUUAUAAUUUUGGAGUUCAUCAGGCAAAAGAAAUUUUGCUAAAACAACAAGCUUUAAAAAAUACAACAUCAUCGAAUGCUCAGAUAAUAGCUCUGGUACAACGAGCUCAACAACAAAAUGCUAGUAAUCAUCAAAAUGAGAAUGGGGGGACAAAUAUUCUCCAAAAACAUCAUAAUAUUCCUACAACCAUUCCACCAAGUAUUGUUAUUAAUCAUAAUAAUCUCCAAAAUAAUUCUUUACCUAAUAAUACAAAUUCUCUUAAUAUCAUUCAGGGUUUGCAAUCACAACACAAUAAUAUUCCCUCAAUAUCUGCUCAAGCUUUAGCAUCAAUUUUUGCUCAACAAUCAAAACAAAUACAAAAUUCAAUAACUAAUCACCCAUCAACAAAUUCUUUUAGGAUGAAUAUAUUAAAUAACAUACAAUCUGAACAAUCAUCAAAUCAACUAAAUUAUGAUAAUCUUCUUGUUCAAAAUCUUCUUGCUGUAAAUAAUAAUUCAAAUAACUUAUUACAACAACCAUCAGCAAUCAAUCACCAACAAUCAGCAAUAAUUCAACAAACUUCACCUCCUAUUCAUUCUAAUAUGAGUAGUUUAUCAAUAGCUUUAGAAGCAGCGAAAAAUGGGCAUCAUGGUGCACAACAUUAUAUUCAAGAAUUAAUAAAAAUGCGCAGUGAAAAUCCAACAAUGAAUUUAUUCUCAAAUAAUAAUGAAAACAUUGAAGCACUACAAACAAGAUCUAUAAAUAGUCCAAAUAUACCUAAAAUACGUGGAAAUAAUUUUCAAGUUAAUUCUAGUCCAAAACCUUCAAUAUCGGGUGAUUCAGAAAAAUCUAUCUAUCAACAAUCUAAUGUCAUCAGUAAACCUAUUCCUUCAACUUCCUCUAAUCAGGCAAUUUUAUUUGAAAAUCAAAAUGUUAAUUCAAAUAAUAUUACAAAUGUGAAUACAACAACACAAUCUUCUAAUAAUGAUAUAAAACAAAUAUCUAUUUCAGAAAAAACAUCAAAUGUAAAUAAACUUUUUUCUCAAUGUAAAAGUUUACUUCAACAUAAUAAAGAUAAUUCUAAUUUUAAUCAUACUGCUGAUCAAUUACCAAUGGGUUCUAAAAGAAGAACAGAGGAAUCAAUAAGAAAUAUUCAUACAGAUGAUUUAAAUGUUGGACAGUUUAUACUUAAUAAUGAAACUAUUAAAAAUUCUAAAACUAUUGAAAACGAGUAUAACAAUUUAUUAAGAAAUGAUGAUAAAAAUAAAAAUAAUAAAGAAAUAUUACCUAAAACAACGAUGGUAAAUACAGAUCAAAAAAAAGAUUUUCUUGGACAACAAAAAUUGUCAAAUUAUGAUAAAACACCUACAGAUGUAUGUUCAUCCAAAACUAAAAAAACUGUUGAUUUUAAUGAGGAAUCAAAAAAUAUUAAUACAACUUUAACUCCUGCUACAGCAUUAUUGGCAGCCACAGAAAUGCAUUAUACUCAAACAUUUGCAAAAAAUAGAACUGAAAAUAAUGAAAUUGAAUCUACAUCAAAUGAAAAUUCCUAUCAAGUAUCAUAUAUAAAAAAUUUGACUGAUCAAAUAAAAAUUGAAAAUCAACAAGAAAUGUCAAUUACAGGAUCUCAACAAAAUUCUAAUAAACAAUCACUACAAAAUCCAAUUGUUCCAUCAACUAUAGGUACAAGAGUUAAUAAUCCAGCUAAUAAUUUACCGGAAACUUUUGUAAAACCAGUCAACAAUAAUCAAAAAGACCAACAAUAUGUAGAACAACCUCCGUUAGCUCCAUCAUUAAUGAUAAACUUUUUAAGUUGUUAUGUUAGUCAAUAUAAAAAUCGCCUACAUAGCCAUGGUACUGCACUCCAUUUAGAUGAUCAUGGAAAUCCAAUUGAUUAUUCGUCAAGACCAUUUGAUCCUAUAUUUAGAAAUGCUAAAAAAGAAACAGGAACAACAUUAGAAACACUACAACAAGGAAGUACAAGUACAAUGCCUGAACUAGAGACUCCUAUAAAAGAAUCUGAUCUAGUAUCUGAAGCUCAACAAUCAGUAUUUAUAAAAAACACUCAAAACUCAGUUGAUAUGAAUAGAGAAAGGAUAAUUGAAUUAUCUGCUAGUAAUUCAACUAGUGUUGGUGAAAAAAGACCAUACACAAAUAACGACUUUUUAAAUCCUGAUGAAAAAAAAAUCAAAGUGGUAAAGAAUGAAGAUACUUAA